AUGGCAGGAAAAUCGCUCCUCACAUCGGGCCUACGAAAGACUAUCGGAGCAGGUCUCAACACCUGUGUUUGGACUGAGCCUUGGAUCCCUGAUAUUGUCGCUCGACCUCCGAGACCGUCUGAUCGCGUUACUUAUAGACACCCAAAACUCCUUGUUCAUUCCUUUAUUAGGCGUGAUACAAGGGGUUGGGAUACUAAUCUUUUACUAGAAUAUUUUCACCCCGAGGAUAUCCCGCUUAUUCUCAAACUGCGACCGAGCAACACGUGGUCCAUGGACGGGUAUGCAUGGAACUACACAAAAUCGGGAGUUUACUCAGUAAAAUCAGGAUAUAAACGGUUACAGGAGAUCAAAGCGUGUGACGUUGAAGUUCAGGUUGUACAACCUAGUAUCACUGGUUUACAGAGCCAUGUGUGGAGCAUUCAUGCUCUUGGGAAGAUGAGACACUUUAUGUGGCAAGCCUUGACAGGAUGCAUUGCGACGACAGAAAGACUUGCUUAUAGACACAUGGGCACUGAUAGGAGCUGUCCUAGAUGCGGUGACCCUGAGGAAACCAUUAACCAUCUUCUUUUUGAAUGUCCCCCGCCCUUCAGAUGUGGGCUUUAUCGGACUAUCCGUCCCUUCCGGGUUACUUCCCGAGUACCUCUGUUUAUCAAAACAUGCUUCCUCUUUUGGAAGAAGAAAAACGUGGCCCAUAUGGAACCACUUAUUGAAACUUUCCCAUGGAUCUUAUGGUACAUUUGGAAGACACGAAAUGAUAAAGUUUUUAAUGGAAAAGAGGUAUCACCUGUGGAUACCCUCCAGCUAGCUUCCAUUGAAGCCGAAUGUUGGAGGAAAGCCAACCUACUUGAGGACAGCGAGGAAGAGGAGACACAGACUGCUCCUUCGACUAUCUCGACUCUCCUUGCAGACCCUCAACUCCCGACCUGUCAAAUCGAUGCGUCAUGGAUUGAGAAUGACACGGUUAGUGGUCUAGGGUGGUUUUAUAAGGAUCAAAUGGGAGUUGAGAGAUUUGGACUGCAAGGAUGCCGGAAAAACAUAUCACCUCUCCAUGAUGAGAUGGAAGGACUCAUAUGGGCAAUGUCAUGUUUGCAAGACCUACUUUGCACCAUGAUUCAUAUAGAGACGGAUUGUUCCGGCCUAGUGGACAUGAUUGUGAACCCCACCGACUGGCCGGCGUUUGCCUUCGAGCUAGUCUCAUUCAAACGCCUAAAGGCGGGUUUCUCGGUUUUUAACAUUGACCGUAUACCCAGAACCAAGAAUUUGCGUGCAGAUUCUCUCGCGAAGGAGGCAAGAAACAUCGGAGUUCUCUUUUCCCAUAUAGAUCAGACCCAGCCGGACAGAGCGUUUUUUCGGAACGACUCAAGCCCGACUUCCACUUGA